AUGGGAAGAAGCGUCUACAGCUCCGGCGUGUGGCAGUUCGAGGGCUACGGCUACGUGCCGUCGGGCACCACCGGCGCGUCCAUCAUGCAGGUGUUCGGCGGCGGCGACAGCGCCACCACCCUCAUGCUCCACGUCUACGGCGGCGAGCUCCGCUACUACGACCGGCAGCUCGUGGAGGCCGGCAUCUACGACCGCUGGUUCCGCCUCAACGUCGUCCACGACGUCGCCGCCUCGGAGCUCACCGUCUUCGUCGACGGCCGCCGGCGGCUCCGCGUCGCCGGCCGCGGCGGCGACUCGCACUACUUCAAGUUCGGCGUGUACGCGCAGAGGCAGCCGUCCAGCCGCAUGGAGUCUCGCUGGAGAGACAUCAAGAUCCUAAGAAGGAUUAAUUACUAUUUUAUUUUUUUGCCUCCGUUUCGCCUCCUCCUCCCCCGCCUCCGCCGCCGCGGCUCGCCGGCGGGCGCCGUCCACGCUAGGGCCUUCGGCCCCUCCAGUUUCCCCGCCCGCGCGCGUGUUUUCUCCGGAAUGGCGGCCGCGGGGUCUCCGCCGCCGCAGGAGCGGCGCGUGGAGGUGAGGGAGCGCGUGGAGCUGACGGAGAAGGAGGAGCGCAUCUUCCGGAGGCUGCUCGACGUCGUCCGCCACUUCGGGCUCGGCACCCAGCUCCGCGUCGCCGGCGGCUGGGUCAGGGACAAGCUAUUGGGGAAAGACUCCUCUGACAUUGAUAUUGCACUUGACAAUAUGACGGGCCAGAAUUUCUGCGAGAAAGUAAAUGAGUAUUCAGAGUUGUUGGGUGAGGAACAGAAAACAAUUGGUGUUAUUCAGUGCAAUCCUGAUCAAUCAAAGCACUUGGAAACUGCAAGGAUGCUUAUAUUUGACAUUUGGAUUGACUUUGUGAACUUGAGGUCUGAAAAAUAUGCUGAAAACAGUCGUAUUCCUACUGUGGAGAUUGGUACUGCCAAAGAAGAUGCAUUCCGUAGGGACCUAACAAUAAAUAGUUUAUUCUUCAAUAUCAACACUUGCUCAGUGGAAGAUUUAACUGGAAGAGGUAUUGAAGAUCUGAAAAAGGGUCUUAUUGUUACCCCUUUACCUGCCAAAGCUACCUUCUUGGAUGACCCCCUUAGAGUUCUUCGAGCAAUCCGAUUUGCUGCUAGAUUCAACUUUACAUUAAAUGAAGAUUUGAAAGAAGCUGCUUCUGAUGAAAAGGUGAAAUCUGAACUUGGUAGCAAGAUUAGCAAAGAGCGCAUCGGUCAUGAGGUAGAUCUUAUGAUGUCAGACAAACAUCCAGUUAAUGCAAUGUGUUGUAUUCGUGAUUUGGGAUUAUUUUAUGUUGUCUUUGCUUUUCCUGAGAAGACCGACCCUCAAGUUCCUGACAAAUGUGAUCAGCUUUGUGUUUCACAUAUUGAAGUUGCAUGGAAUCUUGCACAUUCUAUUGGCUGCUCUGUGUUCAGUGGUGGUUCUGAUUCCAAGUCGCAGGAUGAGCACCGAAGACUUUGCUUGUAUAGUGCACUAUUCACUCCGCUUCGGAGUACAGUAUACUUUGAUAAAAAGUCAAAGAAGAUUCCUGUUGCAAACUAUAUUAUUCGUGACUCCCUGAAAUUAAAAGCUAGUGAUGCUGACACGGUUGUCAACAUACAUGCUGCAAGUGAAAAGUUUGCUGAAUUAAUUAAUCUCCUUGAGUCGAAUGAAAAUUUGGCAAAUGUCAAAGAGAAACUGGAUGAUGAAUACCUUGAGAUCCCAACAGACUUAGUUAAACGUGUCUCGGCAGGGCUUAUACUUCGUGAGAUAAAGGACUUUUGGCGUGCGGCAUUGUUUAUCUCCACACUUACCUAUCCGGAGUUUGGUAGUGCUAGUGACUGUCUCAGCCAUCAAGAUGAAUUACAUCGAAGGAAUGAAAAAUACAAGACAGCUGAAAGUUCAAUAACUGAACUAGAGCUUGAUGGCGUAUGGAAGAUGAAACCGUUGCUUGAUGGGAAGGCCAUCAUGGGGAUUAUGCAGGCCAAGGCAGGUCCGCUCAUCGGAAAAUGGCAACAACGGCUGUUGAAGUGGCAGCUUGCGUAUCCAGAGGGAACCAUGGAGGAGUGCAUCGAGUGGAUGAAGCAAUCGCAGUCGAAACGCCAAAAAGUAGAAUGCACCACAUAAACAACAUUUUGCUGGUGUACAGGCAGUCUUCAGAUAGGGCUCGAGCUUCCCUUGUUGCUAGGAGUAGAGCUUUUCGUCGACGAUCUAGAUCGGCAGGAUACCCGGUAUCCUCCAUAGCUUUAUCUUGGUUGUCUUCGUAUCAGGGUGAUUCUGGUGGAAACUUGCGAAACUCUUAUGGUGAAAUCAAGCAAUCUACCAUAUGAUGAAUAGAAUGGCACACAGUGUGAGAGAGCAGUGAGCAAGUAAUGUGUUUGCAUGGACAUCUCCCUCCUUUUAAAGGGUCAUUUUUUUUUUGCUUUGGGUUUAGGUUAUAACAUAAAAUUUGAAUUUUCAACCUUAA